AUGUUGAAAAUACAAAUGCUGGAACAGAUCGUGACCAAUGAGAACGUAAUCGACGAUGAUGACCAUCGACACGCCGGCGGCGGUGCGGGAGGAGCAGGAGGCGGUCGGGCGGGAGGACAGGGGCCGCCCACCAGCCCCAACGUGCUGAGUCCGAUGGUGUCCAAACACUCGUCCUCGGCCGACGACGAGACGCGCAGCUUGAAUCGAGGCACGCGCCUAUCACCGCAAGGGCGGCAGCACAUGGGCGGGUGGACGACGGCCGCGGCCAACGCGAAGCAGAAUGGCGGCCUGGGGCCCGGAGCCCCGACGGCGACCAGCAAGAGUGCCACGACCAGCCCGGAACGGUUGCGCGGCGCAACCCACGAUCUGUUCGAGCUGCUCGAACGCGUCCAGUGCUCGCGCCUCGACGAUCAGCGCUGCGUCCUGCCGCCGUACUUCUCACAGGUGCGUACCGUUGGAACGGGCACGAAAACUCGAAUGAUGUGCAUUAGUACCCGCGGUGCUGGCGCUGAGGAUCGGAUCGCGAAUCCGCACGCAAACAGCGCGGCCACGAACGAGUCGACAAACAACCUGUCGGUACAAAUCCCUGCCCCGUCGCAGAUGGGAGGCGGUGGCAACACGCGGUCACUGCUGCGCCACUCGAACAGCAUGUCGUCGAAUCCGCACACCACGUCCAGCUCGACGCCGGCCUCGCCGCACCUGCUGUCGAACAGCUCCAGUGGCCACCUCCAUCAUGGCGGCGGCAGCAACGGAAGCAGCCUGCACCAACAGCCGCACCAACAGCAGCAGCAGCACGCCCAGUACCAGUCGCAGUCGUCGGUCAGCUCGCAGUCCUCGUCGAUCAUAUCGGCCGUUCCGCCGGUGCAGCGGCUGCUGGAGGAUGCGCUGGGGCGUCCGGCGCCCCACACGAUGAUCGUGGUGCCAAACACGGGCGGUUACUGGGUGGACGGAACGGAUCACGACGCUUCGUACGAGGUGCCGGCCCACACGACCUGGCGCGUCGGGAAGAUCGAAUCGGAUGACACGGCCAAGUGCUACCGGCGGUUCUUUAUCGCCCGCGAACACUCGAGCCUGGUCGGACACGACGACCAACUCGGGCCAGUGCUCCUCUCGAUCAAGUCGGAGAACGUGGCCAACACUGAUCACAUCCGCAUCCUGCUGCGAUUGCGUACCGGCACGAUGCACGAGCUGAUUCCGGCCUCCUGCCUCGGCAGCAACCCGUCGCCGAUCAAGAUGGCCCGGCUGCUGAACGAGCAGAUCAACGUGGACAGCUUCAUGCCGGUGCUGUGCCCGAAGGCGUCCUCGCUGAUCGCCAGCUACGACGAGCACGUGCUGGUGACCAACUUCAAGUUCGGCGUUCUCUACCAGCGCUACGGCCAGACGACGGAGGAGGAACUGUUUUGUAACAGCGACACGACGGCCGCCUUCGACGAGUUCCUCGAUCUGCUCGGCCAGCGUAUCCGGCUGCGGGACCACAAGGGUUACCGCGGUGGGCUCGACAUCCAGAACGGGCACACCGGGGACACGGCGGUUUACGAGGUGUUUAAGGAGCGCGAAAUUAUGUUCCACGUUUCGACGCUGCUCCCGUAUACCGAGGCCGACCCGCAGCAGUUGCAGCGGAAGCGGCACAUCGGCAACGACAUCGUGGCGAUCGUGUUCCAGGAGGAAAACACCCCGUUCUCGCCGGCCAUGAUCGCGAGCCACUUUCUGCACGCGUUCAUCGUCGUGCAGCCGAUCGAACCGAACACAGCGAACUGUCGGUACAAGAUUUCGGUCACGGCGCGCGACGAUGUGCCGUUCUUUGGGCCGACCCUCCCGCAACCGUCCGUCUUCAAGAAGGGCCCGGAGCUGAAGGAGUUCCUGCUGACGAAGCUGAUCAACGCGGAGAACGCGUGCUACAAGGCGGACAAGUUUGCGCAGCUCGAGCUGCGCACGCGAUCCUCGCUGCUGCAGAACCUGGUGGACGAGCUGAAGGAGAAGACCCGCGACUUCCUCGGAGCGGACGUGCUCGGUGGCGGCGCGCAGCCCACCUCGCCGACGCCGGAAACCCCCAAAUCGGAGGGUGGCUUCACCGGGUCCCGGUUCAUCGACACGGUCAAGAAAGCGCUCAACGCACGCCUUCGGUCACAAAACUCCGACCCGACCAACAAUGGGAGCGGUGGGGCCGCCGGUGCCCUCGAGGGUGCCCACCACCCGUCGAAGCAUCACAACUCGAUGAAGAAAUCCCGGGAAGGGGCUGUCGUAUCGGAUGCACCCGGCGGAGGAGCCGUCAAUAUUGGCCGCUCGCUGUCGAAGAGCAGCACGACCGGAUCGCGCAAAUCGCCCAACGAUUCGGUUGCGUCCUCGCCGGACAUCACUUCCCGCUGUUCGCUCAAUCCGAACCAUGGCGGCGGCGGUGGGGGCAGCGGCAACAACAACAACAACAUCGCUCCGAACCACAACAACAACAACUCGAACCUGAUCGGCAAAACCCACCACCAUUCGGGGGGCAACAACGGGGCAAAUGGUGCCGGAAACGUGAAUGGUGGGGCUCCCGGCAGCAACAACAACAACAACAACAAUGGUCCCGUGGCCAUGUCCGAAACCAGUGACGAUUCCAGCCUCAACAGCGUCGAUCUCGAUCCGAUGGUUUUUCUCCCCACGGUAGAUGCGGGCGCAACGUACAUCGACAGCGACACGGGCCUGGAGUCGAUGUCGUCGGCCGAUGCCACGACCAAGGCAUGCUCCCUGUGUCUGGAUGGGACGGGCUCCGCCAACGGCGGUGGCAGUGUGGUGAGCGUCAGCAUCAGCGGGGCCAGUGUCACGAUCGAUGGUGGUGGACGCGAGCUGCGCAACAGUGCCAGCUCCGGAACGGGCUCGACGGCCAGUGCCGGUGGUGGUGUCGGGGGAAUGGUCGCCGGGGGGCUGCUCCCACAGGAAACGGUGCAGCAGGUCGAGGGCAUGAAGCAAGAGAUAACUCGCUUGAAAUGUGAUAAACUGGAUCUCCUUCGGCAGAAUGUGACCUGCCAACGUGACAUCAAGCGUCUACGGGAACGUGAACUAUCGCUACAGGGCGACCUGGCUGCCGCCGGGAAAGAGAUCCUUCGAUUACGCGACCUGCUGAAGGAGUGCAUGCCGGCCGCCGUCGCCGAGCCAAUGUAAACCAGUUCCAGUAUCGAUCACGGGCCCACUAGGAGCCCAAGGAGCCCUUCUUAUGAGACUCAUCGUCCGUCGCUCUUCGCUUUGGGCCACCACCGUUCGCUGGGCCAACUGGUAGUGCGCAUCGAGUUAGAGUUGUUGCCGAGAGCCGGGAGAAAGAGCCGUUGGCACACCAAAUUGCAGGCCACCCUUCUUCGGGGGGGGGUCGGUCACUUGUCUAUUUAUUUCAACUUACUUUUACCAAACGAGUUUUUAAAAAAGAUCUAAACCUAUUGUGAGCUCGGCACACA